UUACCCGCGGUGCGCUGGUCAAACGCAACCCGCACCUCGUCCGUGCAAGGUGGAUUUUGAUUUCGUUCUAGUGUUCUGUGUGCUGGUUCUCAGUGUCCGUUCAUGUGGGACGUAGCGUGUCAAUGGUGCCAUGCGACUAAAAUGCAUUAAACAACGUCGCCAUAAUCUGGCCAGAUUGUUUGUGCGACGGAGACUCGAGUCGAGGGGACACCACAAGGACGACAAGGGCCAGACGUCUAACCCAUCAACAAACUCUGCAAAGGAGCAGAGUCCCUCGACGGAACCAUCAGAUGGAAACUUGGAAACAGUCACGUCCAGAAGACUUGCUCGUGCAGAUCAUAAGGAUGCUUUUCAAGACACGUACGUCGUAGUUGAGCCUCCACCGGAAGUUAACGACGAAUGUUCCAGAGAAAAUAAACAAUCUAAACAUUCAAAAGCUGUUGGCACGUACUUCCGUGAUGGUCGACGAAAGAUAGACUAUGUCCUAGUCCACGAAGAAGUUAGUCUGGCACCUAGCCGAAGCAGAAGUCACAAUACUCCACACCAGUCAUCGACGCCCUUGCCAUUUCGCCAGGAAGGGAAAUCGCCACAGGGCGGAAUGCUACCAAUGUUAUUGACGUCAGCGGUACAGCACAGCACACCAAAGCAGAACCGGAAGAUGGAUAUCAGGAAGACAUUUCUUGAUAAACUCAAGUCACAAGGAAUCGAAAUCGAAGAGGAAUUCACAGAAGGGAAAAGAACUAACGUCCGAUUUAUCAAAUUGCACGCCCCUUUUCCGUUACUGGCUCAUUGGGCGGAGGAAUUGGGAUUUCGUGCAAGGAUUUUGUGCCAGGCCAAGGCCGAAGAGGAUAAUUGGUCUGCAAGACUUUUCAAAUCCUUCAGGCUACCAAACUGUUUCGCACAGGAAAUUCCAGGUGACCCGCCUCAAGUGUGCUGCACUUACCCAUUUAGACGGUCAAAAAUCUCAACGUUGUUGGGCAAUCUUGAUUGCGAAUCUUAUUUUACAUCAACGGAGCGCAGUCGAAUUGUUAACGAGAUUUUGGCCAGGACAACAUAUGGCGACCGACGGAAAGGUGAAGUCGGCAUCGAGCGCUUGUUAAAAGAGGGCGUCUACACAGCCUCCUACCCUUUGCAUGAGGGUUGCUAUCAAGAAGACAAAUCUGGGAAUCAAGACCAACAUAAAUUAAAUUCCCGUCAAGUUUUGCAUGGAUACUGGGCCCGCUGGUCCAAGUGGCCCAAGUACCAGCCAUUGGAUAACGUUCGCGAGUAUUUUGGCGAGAAAAUAGCUUUUUACUUUGCAUGGCUCGGCUUCUAUACUGGAUGGCUUAUUCCGCCAUCGAUCGUCGGUGUGUUGAUCUUUAUCUACGGUCUACUAACCGUAGAAGAGGAUCCUGCAUCGACGCAAGUCUGUCACAGCCAGGGCCAAUACCCUAUGUGUCCGUUAUGCGAGGAGAGCCAAGGAUGCCAUCAGUGGGAUCUUAGCGAUGUUUGCACUUACUCAAAGUUGUCUUACCUUUUCGAUCAUCCGGGGACAGUCGCUUUUGCUAUUUUUGUCUCUUUCUGGGCUGUAACGUUUUUAGAGUAUUGGAAGAGAUACAGCGCACGCCUGGCUCACCGUUGGGAUGUGGUAGAUGUUGAACGAGAAGAAAUACGCCCUCGUCCGGAAUUCGCUUUGAAGGCUCCGUCUAUUGCCACAAAUCCCGUGACUGGUAUAGCCGAGCCGGCUUUUCCUCACUCAAUCAGGCGAAAGCGGAUAAUGGCCGGCGUCUGCUUCGUUUUCUUGAUGGUUUGCAUGGUGAUUAUCUUCAUCGUCGCCAUCAUCAUCUACCGGAUCGUGGUCUCCAUUCCCCUCUUCCAGCACGAGACCUUGAAGUCGCAAGCUCAAGUUAUAGCAAAUCUCUCCGGUGCCGUCGUCAAUCUAGUGCUGAUUAUGGCUCUAGGCCGGUUCUACGAGAAGUUGGCCUACAAACUCACCACCUGGGAAAUGCACAGAACACAAAUCGAGUUCGAGGAUAAUUUAACCUUCAAGGUCUUCGCUUUCCAAUUUGUUAAUUUGUACGCAUCUCCGUUCUACAUUGCCUUCUUCAAGGGCCGUUUCAUCGGCUACCCAGGCAACUAUCUGCACAUUUUUGGAUUGCGGAACGAAGAGUGCAGUGCUGGCGGGUGUCUGGUAGAGCUUUCGCAACAGUUAUUCAUCAUCAUGGUGGGUAAGCAGGUCAUCAACAACGCACAAGAAAUUUUGUGGCCAAAAGUUCAAGCCUGGUGGCAAAAUCGAAAAGUGGAUUUCACCCAAAAUAAAGACAAGUCCAAACCAUGGGAGGCAGAUUAUCAGUUGGUCGAAAACGCUGGAUUGUUCCAGGAAUACCUUGAAAUGGUGAUGCAAUUCGGUUUUAUCACGAUAUUUGUUGCGGCCUUUCCGCUUGCUCCGCUUUUCGCACUGCUGAAUAACGUCGUCGAGAUACGACUAGACGCGCAGAAAUUCGUCUGUAACACCCGACGGACAGUAGGGCACCAGGCCAAAAACAUCGGAAUCUGGCUGAGAAUAUUGGAAUUUCUUGUUCAUCUUGCUGUCAUCAGUAACGUAAGCAAUGCAUUUCUUAUUUCUUUCACGUCCGAGUUCCUUCCCAAAAUUCUUUACCAAUACGAGCACUCGUGGUCGAUGGAUGGUUACGUAAAUUUUACCCUUGCCAUUUCUCCUAAAGGCGCAAUGGCCGAGCCGUGCUACUACCGUAGCUAUCGCGAUGAAGACGGUAAACUGUCGGCUUUUUACUGGAAAUUGCUCGUCGUUCGAUUGGCUUUUGUCGUCAUCUUCGAGCACUUCGUAUUUGGAGUGUGCCGUCUGAUUGACGCUGUCGUUCCUGACGUCCCAAAGACUCUGGCCAACAAAAUGAAGCGAGAUCGAUAUUUGGCCAAACAAAUACUACAGGAUCCGGAUCAUCACAUUCGAGUUGCUGAAUGUACAUAAUUUAAUUUUUCAGCUGCCAACCCCUUAAUGGUCCUAUAUUUUAUAUUGGAUUUUAUACUAUUGUUUUAUUUGUCA